CUCUGGCAGUAGUGCAGCUGCAGAUUAAACAGGUUUAUCCUUUCUGUAGUAAUAGCUGAUGCUAUGCAUGCACAGAGACGUGUAAAGCGGACGCUCCACGUAAAUAAAAAUGUGUGAAUUUUAAUACAAAUUCUUUGUAGUAUAAGAGGAAUAAAAGACUUGGGGAAAAUAAUGCUGUUAGAGGAAAAUAAUCAACUGCAGGGCAGUAACAGUAACCCCGCUUCAUCACACCACCAUCGUCACUCUGGAUUCUACUACAACAGCACAACAUGGAGUGUUUUACUUCUUACUUAAUCGAUGUUUUGCAGUUCUGUGGCGAUUUAGAAGUCACAGCUCAUCUCACGGUUUAAUGUAUAACUGGCUGGAGAUGACAUUUCCUUUUAAUUAUACUAUAUUACAUUAAAUUAAAUGAGUUCAUUCGUCCCCGGUGCAGCGUUCAGCACAGAGUUGUGAUUAGCGUCACUGUCAUGGCCAACUCAGAAACAAUCACUUUAUUGACAGGAUAAAUCUCUGAAGUAUGUUUUGAAGCUUUUGUAAAUGAGCUCAUUAAUUAAUUUGUUCUUGUGAUGCUACUGUGCAAUGUAAUGUCUCUUUAAUAGCAUUUUCCCCCUUAAUGGACUUAGUGGAGAUGACAUUUCUAUAGCUGUUCAUUUCCACUUGACAUUUCCAGUGCAUCCUUUCUGCGUGAUUAACCCCGAUGUGCCUGAAAUCUUUCAUCCAGGAUGUACUUUAGAGUUUUUAUAUUUAUUUUACUUGCUGAAUGAUUAAAAGUGUGUGUGUCUGAGUGUUUUAAAAUUACAAUUAGGACUGAAAAGAUUUAGUUUGGAACAACACAUUUGACAUUGUUAUCUAUGCUGCAGAACAGAUUUGAACUGCAAACUUUACACUGUAAUGACGCGCUUUGGCCACAAGACGGCGCUUUUACAGCGUCACGACUCACUACACUGAACCGACUCUUCCGAACAAAACCAUUUACGUGAAAUGAAUCGAUUUGAAUUUUCCUUUUUCGACACAAAGACGAUGAAGAAAUGUAUGUCUAUAGUUUAAUCCUGCAGCAAAGCAAAAAAAAAAAAAAAAAAAGUUUACUUGCCAGAAUGACUUGCGAGCUGAUUUGCUGAUUCGACUCAUUCAUAAGAGUCGAUUAAAGAGAAUCAUUCAAAUGAAUCGCUAACAACAACAACAACAACAGCAAAACAUGCGUAUUAAAGUACUUAAUCAAGCACUGUUGCAGCGAUUACACGUGUAUGCAGAAUUGUUGUAUUUCAGAAAUGAAUGUAUGUUUUGUUGGUGUAUUGUACAAAAUUCGUCGAACCGAUUCGUCGUCGUGGAUUCGGUUCCUUUAGUGAAUCAGUUCAGUUGGAGGAGUUAGGAGUAGAAGGGCAGGUUUAACAGGUAGAGCUGAGCAAGGAUUCAUUUCAACACACACACACACCCACGCGUGUGUGAGUGUGUGAGAGAGACUGUGUGUGAGAGAGUGUGUGUGUUCAACAACAACAACAACAGAAAAGUCCGCGAGCAGGGGAAUCUAACCGGAAACCGUGCAGGAGCUUGCUGUGGCGCGCGACUCGGUUGGCUCAUGCCGCCCUCCGCGUGCCGACUCCCGGUGUGCACGCGUCCAUCAGCGCGGUGAAGUCUGGGAACACUCGGAUCUCACUCUAUAAGCACUACAGUGGACCCAGAAUGGAACCUUGAGGAACACCACAUCAGGACUCAGGGUGUUUUAGGGGAGCAGGAGUGUGUGAGAGACGUCAUGUCUGAAGGAGAAGCGCUCGCGUCCUUCACGCGGGGCAGCCGCACUCGCGCCAGCCUCCCUGUCGUCAAGUCCAGCAACCACACCAAGGAGCGCUCGCUGGGUGUUCUGUACCUGCAGUACGGCGAGGAGACGAAGCAGAUCCUCAUGCCUAACGAGGUGUCGAGUGCUGAUACGGUGCGCGCUCUGUUCGUCAGCGCUUUCCCCCAGCAGCUCACACUCGCGAUGCUCGAGUCGCCCAACAUGGCCAUCUACACGAAGGACCACGUGAGAAACGUCUACUACGAGCUCACAGACGUCAGGAACAUCACGCCGCACUCCUACCUGAAGGUUUAUCACAAAGACCCCAAUCAGGCCUUUAAUCACAACUCGAGAAACAACAACGGAGACGCCAGAGUUUCUCGUGAGAGGCUUUACAGCUCCAGACAGCAGCAGGCUGGUGGACAGUCGAUGGGUCACACACUUCCUGUGUCCCAAAAUCCCAUCCAGGGGCUCCAGGGUUCUCUGUCUCCACCGCUGGCUCGUUCCGUUCCCUCGUCACCAUCGCGGUUCUCCUACAACUCUCGCACCAUGCCAGCCGGCGCCACGCUUCCUCGAGAGCGCGUGUCCAGCACGCCGUGUUCCAGCGCCAUCCUGGAGCGGCGGGACGUCAAACCAGACGAGGACGUGGACCCGUACGGGUUUCCCGAGGCACGCCUGAGCAUGUCUGACGCCCCCGACGGCUCCGUGUUCCACCAUCACUCCCUUUACAGGCAGAAAUCUCGCAAGUACAGCGAGAACCAGCAUGGCCCGCUGAGCCCGAAAAAUCAGAAAACUCCGCCCCCUUCGCCUCAAAGGGUCAACGAGGUCAGGAUGAUUGACAUCCACCCGGGACAGAACCCACACAUGAUGGUGGAGAGGACGUCGUCCCUGCGGAGAUCUUACAGGAAAGAGAGCAACGGGACGCUGGAGGUGGCAGCGAGGGCCAGAGGGAACAUGGCGCCCCCCACGUACACAGAUUUGCACGGAGAAAGACCGUUCCAGGGGCUCGUUACAUCAGCAGAUCCUCAGAGCAAGCGCAUGAAGGCGAUGGAGCAGCAGUUAGCCAGCCUCACUGGUCUCGUUCAGCACGCACUUCUCAAAGGGACGAACUCCAGCGGAGGAAAAGAGACAGCAAGUGAGAAACUGAUCUGCGAGUCUCUCGCUCAAGACACAAACAGUGGCGGAGUCUCCCCCGUGGCUGUGUGUAGGAGUCCCACUCUUCUGUCCGAGCCUCCCGUGUCUCUUUCACUCAGAGACCCACCUCUCGGCAUCCUCCUGUCCACCUUCCGCAGAAACGUCUCCAGCCUCCGCCAGCAGCUCCAUCAGAUCCGACAGACGCAGCUGCAGAACCAGCUGGCGAUGAGGACGAUGCUGAAGCAGGCGGAGGAGGAACUGACCGUGAGAAUGUGUGAGAAGCUGCAGAUGCUGGAAGAACCGCUGAAGAAGCAGAGGAUGGAGGUGGACGAGGAGAGACACAGAUACGAGGUCAUGGAGGAGAGCGUGCUGCUCCAGCUGGGGGAGCUGGAGAAACACGUGGAGCAGCUGAAGAGGAACUCCAGCUCGGCUCAGGCUCAGAGACCUAUCACACUGCGGGAUGUGGAGGACGGAGCGGUUAAUCUGAGGAAGGUCGGGGAGAAGCUCGCCACGCUGAAAGGAGAGUUCCCAGCUCUGCAGUCAAGGAUGCACGCGGUGUUGAGGAUGGAGGUGGAGGCCGUGCGCUUCCUGAAGGAGGAACCUCAGAAGAUGGACAACAUGCUGAAGAGGGUCAAAGCCCUGACUGAGACUCUCAGCAGCCUCAGGAUACGUGCUACAGAAGGCUCCCUCCGCACUGACCCGAUCUCCGUGAAGCCUGAGUCACCCGAUUCCCCCAGACUGACCCGAGACUCGGCCACAACUCCACAGCAUUUAUCCUCAAACCCCACCCACUUUACUAUCACCUCUUCUUCUAACCCCGCCCACUGUGAGCUCGUCUCCGUCUCCUCCUCUCCCAUCAUGGCGCAGAGAUCCUGCAGCUCGGCACUGAUCCCAAGUCACAACCGAGAUGCCCCCGCCGUGGUCACGGUGACCUCCAGGAGCCGCGAGGAGUCCGGUGAUGUCCCUCACGUCCAGGACGAGCCGCCGAGCUGCAGAGAAACCGCUGAGAGAGACGAGGCAGUGGACAGGAGACAGGCCGAGGAAGAAGCAGACAUGGAGCGCAUUUUACAGCAGGCUCAAGCCAACCUGAUGAAGAAUAUACCUGACCUGGAGCUGACCAAUCAGAAGAGCAAAGCCUCAGAUACGACAUAUAUCCCGCCUGAUGAAGUGGACACUCCUCAUUCCCCACAUCCAGAGGCCACCACUCCAGCUGAACCAGUAGCAGAUAAACUGGUCCAAACCAGCUCGGAGUGUGUUCAUAAAUCUCCUAUAGAGAAGCUUCACAGAGCCAGUGUGGACCGAGCAACGCCCAAUCAGGAUGCAGCAAACAAAUCUCCACCCCCUGCCCCGCCCCGCCGACUCCACCUCGCAGCGACGGGACUGACGACUGGACGCUCCGGGGAGGUCAUCUACACCACUCGCAAGGACCCUGCCCCACCUCAGGAGCGAGAGGAGGAGGAGGCUCUCCAGUCCAAACCCCAGCGAGUUCGUCCAGAGUUGAAACCCAAACCACGCACACUUCCUCCAGUCAAUGCACGUGAGGAGGAGGAAGACGAUGAAGAUAAGAUCAUAGCAGAACUGCAGGUGUUUGAGAAGUGUCCGGUUAAAGACUUAGAGCCCAGAUACAUUGUUGACCUGACCACCCACGUGUUCCCAGACCGAGAGCUGGAGCCGGCCUUCUCGCUCUCCUCGUAUGACCCAAAGAGCACAGCUCUUCAUUGCGAAGAUGGAAAACACUCUCCUCAUGCUUCACCUGGAUCUGGGGUCAUAUAUUACAUCACUGGCACGGCAAAAACACCCAGCGACAAUCCACUCGGAGGAUCUGAAGUCCAAAACGAGCCUAGGGAAGGAGUCGUUUCCUCGUCUAAGGUGGCGCAUCCGAAUUCUCCUGAUUUUACCCAACAGCCGAACGUACUAACGCCAUCUGACUUGACUUUAGAUUCCCCUAAAUCAGUAGAAGAAAGCCUGAAAGUGUCAACUGACACUCAGAUGAUGUAUGCAAGUCUUCCAGAAUCUCAGAAGGACAUCAGCAGUGAUGGAGAUGAAGCAAAGAUUCCAAAAGAGGCAUCUGAGAACAUCACCAGUAAGCCAGAGAAUGAAGAGUUGGUUUCUUCUGAAAAUCUCAUUCAUGCCUCUGAGAAACCAUCCAGCAAUGGAUCCGAGGUCCAGGUGGCUAAAUCACUGGUGCGACCAAAAACAUUGCUGCUAUCAGAAGAAACCAGGUACCAGGAAGACAAGCAGCAGGUGGUAAUGAGAUCAUCUAGGGGUAGAACCGGGUACAGUGAGGAGACGAGCUUGAGCCCUGACCUUCCUGCAGAGGAGGCUCCUCCUCCACCUGACAACAUCGCCUUCAUGAUCACCAAAACCAGAGUGCAGGCUCUGUCCACUGGGGAAUACCAGCAGCUGGUGAGCUCCAAGGAACAAGAUGUUGAAACCGUUAAAGUAGGAACGGAUGAGACUGUGUCCGCCCCAGAGGACGGCGAGUUCAGCAAGAAACCAGUCAUCAUCGUCUUUGAUGAACCCAUGGACAUCCGACAGGCCUACAAGCGUCUCUCCACCAUCUUCGAGUGCGAGGAAGAGCUGGACAGGACACUCUCAAAGGAGCGCAUCAUCGAGGAUACUGAGGAGAUCAAAGAAGAAGAGGAGGCCACGGAUACGGCUGAAGAUCAGGUCAAGCCUGGCAGGAAAUCAGAGAGCACUGGUAGUGGUAAUCAUCUCCAAGUGCCUGGUCAACAGCAGAACCUCAGUGAGUGCUCUUCUGCAGUGGCAGAGGAUGCGUCCCAAGUAGACCUCCCCAGUGACGCCAAGCAAGAAGCUAAAAAGAAGUUUAAGUUCAAGUUCCCCAAGAAGCAACUGGCAGCUAUUGGCCAGGCUCUUCGUACUGGUACAAAAACAGGCAAAAAGACACUGCAGGUGGUGGUUUAUGAGGAUGAGGAGGAGCCAGAUGGCACGCUGAAGGAAGCAAGAGAAGCCAAGAGAUUUGAGAUUAAAUCAAAUAUAGACUUUGCCAGUCCUGACGUUUCAGCCAGUGAACCAUCUGAAUCCCAGACCACCACCCAGCAAAACUCUGCAGGAAGGACUAAUGAGAUCUGUCAAACUGCAUACAAAACCAUAGACAGCCUGGAGGAGACCAUUAAACAACUAGAAACCACAAUCACAAACAUGGACCCUGGACUGUCCCCUGACGCCGCCUGUAAAGAUCCAAAAGUCAAAAGAGUUGUGGAGAACCAAACGGUGCAGGCCGAAAGCAGUCCUUCAAAGAAACCAGCUCCUCUUGGGCCAAAGCCUCAGAAGCCUCCUCAGAAGAAGAAGUCCAAAGUGCAAUGCGUUCCUCGGCCUUCUUCCUCCAGCUCACUUUGCUCCGGCAGCACUAAACAGACCACCAGUGGUUCCUCUUCUACAACUCGAGUUGCUUCACCCAGAUCACGGCAACAAGCAGGAAGUGUGGAAAAACCUCCAAAACCACCAAAGCUCCAGGACUCCCAAAGCCAAUUCCGACAGGUAGUUUUACUGUAGAGCUACCUGUACGCAGAACAUCCACUUGCAAUGCGCUAAAGACACAAAUUCCUGAUGUCUUGUAAACUUGUGAGUGGUUUUGUUGACUCUCCAGACAUUGGUCUACUGUGAUGGGCCCAGUACUGCCAAGUUGUUGGGUUUUUGAGCAAGAUGCUUAACCUUCUAAUUGAGCCAUAGAGAGUAAGUCUCUUUGGAUAAAAGCAUCAGCCAAAUAAAUAAAUGUUAUAAAAAUUUUUUUUUUUUGAAGUUAUAUAUAUGUGUAAACGCGUUACACAAUCUCAUCGCUUAACACACAAAGGACAUCAAAAGAAUAUCGAUGUGUAUAGAGAGAGGGGGGAUUAGUCACAUACUAAAAUGUUUAAUGAGGCAAAAUGCUAGCUUUCUACACCUGUGGCGUGCCAAAUUUCCUUUUUUCUUUUUAGAGAAUGCAGUUUUUACAUAUAUAACCAGCAAGACUCAAAUAUUUUUGUUACCAUGUUACAACUAGAUAUUUAUACACAGUAUACACAUUUACACUUUUGUUAAUCAACAUUCCAGCAUUUUUAUUCACAGGUGGCAACAAGAGCACCAUUGCAGCUUAGAAAGUAUAUAAAUGCUUAACCUGUUUCUAACACUUUAGCCAGUUUUAGUACUAACUCUGGAAACCAUCUUUGCAUUUGAACCUAACCCUGCUAAUCAUCCAACAAGUGCUCACUCACGUCUUAGCCACAACGUCUCUGGUGAUUUGUAGUGGGUCAAAGAUCACAUCCUGUCACUCUCAAUACUCAACCUCAGCAGUUGAUCUGGCUACCAUUCCUCAUCCCCAUCUCUAUCCCUAUCCCAGUGCUUGCUGUGUCUGGGUCGAAUCGAACCCUGCGCUUACACCGACACCAAGUCGGAAGUCAUUUAAUUUCAACGAGAGUUGCCGAUUUUGAGCAACGAGGGGUGGACCAACUGUUGUUGAUGUGAAGUGGGCAUGGUGAGUGACCUAAUAAGGUUUACGCAAGUAAGAAGUGAAGCGAAUUUAAGCGAGGAAUGGUUCUUUCUUUGCCCCACCUGUGAAAUGUUAUCCUUGUUAUUUGGUUCCACAUUUGGUUCCUUCUCACAGUUCCUGUGUUUGAUUUUAACAAGAACGUUAUUUUGCUAAUACUAUGGUGACUUGCAGCACGGAUGCAUUUCAUACAUAAGCGAUUUUCCUUUCUGAAUUUUAUUUUUAGUGGGAAGAUACAUGUUCUGUAGCUAGCGCAUUACAAAUUCUGUUGUUUGUGUGGACAUCUUGCUAUAGUGGCCUUACCAGUGAAACCAUGGCAACCAUCAGUAUAUUUAAUAUAGGGGAAACUCACUAGCAACCAACGGAAAGCAUUUUGAACAUCGCAAGGUGAAAAAUGGCUGCCAGUGUGAGCAUAAGGUUAAUCAGACAGCGCUUGAGCUUCAGCCUGACACCACCAGCAUCAAAGGAGGACACACCAUGAACGUUUUGUCUCUCCAAAAUUUUAAUUCUCUUUCUCUCUUUGCUUACUUUUUGUUUCUGCAAAUCUUUACUUUGUGGGGGGACGUGUACAUCUUUUACAUGCCAUUGACUUGUUCUGUUUAAGUGGGUGUUUGGGAUUGUUGUCUUCUGAGCAGUGUUGGUUUUGGCUACUACUGCUUCGAUUUAAAGAACUCUUUAUAACACACUUGCUAACGGAAAGUUAGUGACUAGCUCUAGUGCUGGUGUUUUUGCGUAGGUUUUCUAUUUGAGAGAUUAGAUUAGAUUGACAUUUAAUGGAGUUCUGUUUUUUUUUUAGAGGUGUGAGAAUGACACGGUUGGAAUAUAACGUGCGAAAUGUAUUUUUUCUGAAAAUGAAAACUAUGACAUUGUCUUUAUCCUUAUCAUAGAAAGCUGCGAAAGCCUAAAGAAGUGAUCUGUGUUUAAUCAGUGUUUUGAUUUUGGGGUUCAGCACACUGCCAGUUUUAGCUAACAUUAUUCUUUCAAGUUCGAGUUUUUCAGUUACAACACCAAAGUUAUGUUCAUUAAGACUUACCUUCUGUUAGAAUCCACCUGUAGAGAAAGAGUGUGUGUGAUUGUUUAAAUAUCAUAUUACUAAAAUAUCCUUAGUAGUUUAGAUAAUAUUUUUGUGCCACUAAUAGUGUGUUAAACUACAUACACAAGUGAUGUGUUCAAUAAUAAAAGAAAGCUGUUUUCACUUACCUGGCCAAAGUUCUCUGCUAUGCAUGCCUUCUAGGUAUUUCAUCGUAAAGACUCUCGUUUGCACAAAAAUAAUGCUGUAAAUAUGUUCUCUGGUUUUGUAAAACGUGUACAAAGGCUGUGUGGAGGAAUGCUCAUAUAAAGGUGUCUAUGCAAUAAAGGACUGUCGCUUAGCA